AUGGGUUUGUCUAUUUCCAAAUUGUUGCAGGGUCUUUUUGGCCGCAAAGAGAUGAGAAUUUUGAUGGUUGGUUUGGAUGCAGCCGGUAAAACCACCAUUUUGUACAAGUUAAAAUUGGGCGAGAUUGUCACAACCAUUCCAACUAUUGGUUUCAAUGUGGAAACCGUCGAAUACAAGAAUAUUUCUUUCACUGUUUGGGAUGUCGGUGGACAGGAUAAGAUCAGACCUUUAUGGAGACACUACUUCCAAAAUACUCAAGGUAUUAUUUUCGUUGUUGAUUCUAACGAUAGAGAUCGUAUUGGUGAGGCAAGAGAAGAAUUGCAAAGAAUGUUGAAUGAAGAUGAGUUAAGAGAUGCUGUUCUUUUGGUCUUUGCUAACAAGCAGGAUCUUCCAAAUGCUAUGACUGCUGCUGAGAUCACCGAAAAGUUGGGUCUCCAGUCUAUUAGACCAAGACCUUGGUUCAUUCAGGCUACAUGUGCUACUUCCGGUGAUGGUUUAUACGAAGGUUUGGAGUGGCUAUCAACCACUCUUAAGAGUAGUUCUUAG